AUGGAGCCGGCAAAGGGGAAGAUGAGGAGGACGUCUUCCAGCCUGCUUCUGCGAAUCACGGACAUCUGCAAGGUGCAUUCCGUCGCUGUCGCGGAGAACGUCGGCGAGAAGCCCAACGCCGGCAGCACGGGGGGCAGCAGUGAAGACGGUGCACACCUGAAAAUAUAUCUGCAUCAAGUCUCUGACCAUGAGAGUUGCUCUGGAACUUCCACUGCCCGCUAUGAGGAAGCGGUUGUUGAGAAGCUUCUUGAUGCGGUCUCUGGUCUGAAGCUGGCUUAUGUCAAGGUUCAGCAAGCACAUGUGCCUUAUAAUCCUGAAAAGGUUGCGGCAGCUGGUGAGCAUUUUGUGUCAGAGCUUGAAGAGACAGCUGGGCUUAAAGAUCUGUAUUUUGGUGUCAGCAAGUGGAGCAAUCCAAUGUACCAGUCUCAUGUGAGCUCAAGGAUUCAUGAGCGUCAAAAGCUUGCUCUGGAGUUGCAGGCUGACAUCUGCAAGAAAGAUUCUGAACUUGUUCUGCUGCGAUCAGAAUUUGAAGAACUGGAAAGGAGGAAUAUGGAACUGAAGGAGGAAGUUGACAGGAGAGCGUUGCUCAUGCAAAGAGAAAUAAGUUUUGACAUUGGUAAAGGUGGAUCAAUAGAUAUGUUCAUUGAGUUGUUUGAGAAUUCAUCAAAGUGCAUACAUGAUUUCACGAAACUCGUCAUCAGUUCGAUGAAAGUUUCUGGAUGGGACCUGAGCUACUCUAAGUUUCCAGUCGAUAAAUCUGUUGUAUUUGAGAAAAAGACUGACAAGAAGUAUUGUGUUGAGGCGUACUUUGCUCGGGCAAUGCUGAUGGUGACCAGAGAGGAGUAUUUUUCCAUGGAUUCAUUUUACCAUGUUAUGAGUUUCAAGGAUCCAUUCGAUGCUCUUGUUGAGUCCCCAAAUUCAACCUUUGGAAGAUUCUGCCGAGAAAAGUACCUGGUUGCUGUACCAAGUAAUAUGGAGGAUUCCUUCUUCGGAAAUUUGGAUCACAGAGCAUUUGUCGAGAUGGGCGGCCAUCCAAGGACACAAUUAUACCAGACAUUUGCAAGAAUGGCUAGAUAUGUCUGGGCAUUGCUCACAGUUGCUUGCUUCUUGAAACCAAGGGCUGAGAUGUUCUUUGUCAAGAGUGGCGUUCAGUUUCAAAAGAAGCACAUGGAAAGUGUACCAGCUAAGCUGACCACAGAGGAAACAAAGAUCAGUGUUGGGUUUACAGUAAUGCCGGGCUUUAAGAUCGGAUGCACUGUCAUCCGGUGCAGGGUCUACCUGUCCAUGCUCAACACAAGAGACUCCUAA